AUGACCACGUGCUUUCCAUCUGAACGUGUUGGCGUCGACAUCGUCGGACAAUUACCACACACCUCGUCCAGCUACCCAUACGACUUAGUGUUGGUAGACUCCUUUACGAGGUGGACCGAGGUCGUUCCCUCACAAGAACAGAAUGCAGCUUCCGUCAUCAUCGCGCUGUCGAAUGAAUGGAUCUACCGGUAUGGCGCCCCCAUUUCGCUAUACUCUGACUGCGGAGUCAAUUUUGACAUCUAUCGUCUACGCAAGGUCUGCGACCUCCUCCUUAUCUACAAGAUCCAGGCAACCCCGACACAUCCAGAGGGCGAUGGGCAACUCAAACGCACCAACCGCUCCAUAAUCAAUAUUGUGGAGGCGUUCACCGAGGACCACCACUCAGGUGAUUGGGACGUACAUUUGCCAUUCCCCAUUAUGGUCUACAGGGUCGUCAUCCAUUUCUCAAUCGGCCAUUCCCAUUCUUUAUGUUGAUCGACUGCCGCUUCCGAAUACCUGUAGACGCACGUUUUGCUAUGCAACCCACGACGGUCUGCAACGCUGAUAGCUACGUGUUAGAGCCCAGGGAAUUGUCACGACUCAUUCACAGUCUUCCCCGCACGCAAUUACGUAUCGCCUACGAGUGAUAGAAGAUAUAUUUUGGCUGAAACGUACACGGACUUCCAACCAAAUCAGCGACCUUUUACUGCGCUACCGAGCGAUUCCGCCCGUGGGGAUCUUAGCCAAAUUCUUCCACCCUUGGGAAGGACCCUUUGUAGUAACGGGUGUCAUCUAACCAACUAUUUACAUACAUCACCCAAAACGUUAUCACACGCCAAUCCCACCUUUACCGUGCAUUUAGAAAAACUAAACCCUUCCACGGCAGCCUUUCCCUAGCGUCCUCUGACAGCCGAUCCAUCCUUCUUUUCACCUAGUCGCCCUACUCGGUAACGAAGUGGGAGUUUCCCCUGACCGACCACUGCCUUCAGGCCCUGGGAACAUGUUAUCAGCCAAAUGGGGUGCAGUUGUAAUGGGUAGAUAUUGAGGAGUAGGACCCUUUUUGUUUUAAUGGUUCGUGUUGUACGUAAUCAAGCGAGGAUUUAUGGGUUUUGACGAAUCCGCCUUAUGUAAGAUUUUUAGAACAUUCGUGUGGCCUCACUUGGAACACGGCAUGCAAGCCUGGAGGCCAUGUGUGGGUCAAGAUCAAAAUCGGCUGUAGAGAGUUCAAAGGAGAGCCGAGAAAAUGCUUAGGGGCCAUAGGCCCUCUCAUUAUGCAAUCCGUCUAACAAAGGUGAACCUCUUUACCUCGAGUUAUAGGCAACUGCGCGGCGGUCUACUGCAAGCAUUUCGCAUUGUGAAGGGAUUGGUCUUCAUCCUAUCCUUUAAGGACAGUUUCUAACUUGCUGCCACGACCAACUUCUCUGUACACGGCACCUAAUUUUACGUUGAAAAUAGGGUACUUAAGAAGCCGCGUCAGUGUUCCUUAAUAAACUGACAUGAGCCGAAAGCACACACUUGGGUCUUCAGCUAGUAAUUAAGUAUGGCGUGACCACAUCAUACAGCAUUCUGCGAGCAACCUUAUGCAUGAUAUAGCGUAUUUCGAUACUUCUUUCGUAGGUUUUGACUUGUGAGAACUCCCAUGACCCGCUUUAGGAGUCGGUUAUAUUAUCAUGAUAAUUUAUGUGUAUGGGAUAUUUUCUUUGCGUCCUUUUGCAAAAUUUUGUUCCCGAUAAUCCUUUGACACGCCUGCCUUGCCUGCUACGACAGUUUUCUUUUUUUCGUAUCCAGCCUUUGUUGUAAGAAGUCGCACUUUGUUCUGCUCGAUCCCCGCUCCUUACCUUUUAAAUGUUACGUUGUCCGGCAAGCGCUUUGAUGUUCAAAUUCUUUCUUAUAUCCUCAGAAAUCCUUAAAUAAAUAUGUUUUACGAGUACAGUGUUCGCGAACUUGAAAGUGGACUUGUAUAUUUGCAAUAUUCUCCCCCUCUUCCUAGAAGUCUGGAGGUAUCAGAUACAAUAAAGCAAUCGUAUAGACUACACUUUCCAUCUCAAGUCCGUUAUCUGGCGUGGUGGGUGGUCUCUACUCUAAUUUCGCCUAAGUUGUUGCUGAACUCUCAGAUGCAAAGUUUGGGUUUUCACACGGGAUCAGAUUCUCACGCAACAGCAGAAAAGUAUUCAAACGCCAGCGGAUUACCGGACUACCUAGAGCCUUCCUGGAACUGUUAUCUAUUUGCAAUUUGUUUAGUCGGUUCGGCGCUUGCGUUGGUGAGUUUCACUCUUGGUCUUUGCGUAAUGCUCCGGUCUCCCAGUUAGUUUGUGGGUGCUUGUCCGUUGUUUCCCGGUCAUUUUGCCAAGCAUAUGAGAUAAAUGUCCUCUCAAGAAUCACCAUUUGUUGGCUGUCGGAUACGAAUAAUCUCAAAAGCGAAGAUUCGAUAUGAAGGCUUCCUGCACUCCAUUGACACUGACGCCCCUGACGAUCCAGUAAUAACACUCUCGAAAGGUUUGUUCAUCCACGUUGUCACCCUUUCUUUAGUCUGGUCUUUCGGCACUGAGGACCGCCCUAGCGAACGUUUUGUUGGCCCCAGGAAUGAAGUUUAUGAACAAAUAGUCUUCCGCGGACGAGACCUGGAGGAUGUUCGCGUUCUGCAGUCUUCCGUGUUUUUAAAUGAAGAUCCUUCAAUAGUCAGUGCGGUUCCAGGGGUUUGUUUCUCAUUUCUUUCAUGGAACUUGCUUUAGUCCAGCACGUUUUCGACGACGAAACCUCGAGAGGAAAGCGAUGCUCUGGGUGCGUAUUUUCUCCCAUGCCCUUGUUUUAUGUGAUGAAGUAAACGUGCACUGAUUUCUUGAUGCCGUUUUAAUUCUGAAAUGUGCCGGAGCAGCGUAGUUUAUGUUUCGCCCAAAGCUUUCUAAGUUCCUUCCAAUUUAGACCCCUGGUCAGUCACCCCCUUCGGAGAUGUGAAGAAGCCUGAGAUACCACCGUUAGUUCCAAGAUGUACCACUGUGGAAACCCAUCCCACCUCCACGUUCCCUCUCCUUAUGUCGCCAAAACCCCCAUCUGACCUUCUACCCGAUAUAACACCAAGCCCAUGGCCUCUAAGUCGACAGGUCGCCGAGAGCGAUCGGAACUCUUCUGUUGCACGUGAACCUGCGUCAAAAGACAUAGAUUCAGACCCUACCAAAGGUCUACAGUACCCUGAGUAUACUUCGGUUGGUCGUCCAGAAAGAAGAGGCGGACAAAGAGGACGCGAACCUGGGCCGCCUCGCGGGAAUCGGUCUAACUACUCCAGGGACCUUACCAAACCACAAUACGAUGGCCACGAAGACGCAAGGCGUGAUAACCGUUUUCGACGCGGGGGUGGUCGUCCGGCAGGCCAACCCCGCAGUGGCGGGCGUCAACGCUACAGGCCAUGGGAUGAAGGUGUACGCGAUUCCCUGGCGAAGGAGUUUGAAGGGGAGUAUGACAUCGAGAAGGCGAACGCGGAGCUCGCAGAGGAGCUGGAAAAAAUCGAGAUAUCCUCGGUAACUUACAACUAUCCCAUCCUUACCAGCUUCUUUAGGGAAAUGCAAAUGGGUCCACGUCCGGGCCCUCGGAAGAAGCUGAGGCGGAAGAAAAGGUUUGCUACGACAGUAAGAAGUCCUUUUUCGACACUAUCAGUUCCGAACUAAUGGAUAAGGCUCAAGGGUAAGUGUACGCUUUGUACUCUAAGAGGAUGUAGCAAUAGACAGCGGCGGUCUCACCGCGAUGACAUGCGCCUGAAUAUGGACACUUUCGGGACUUCUUUUGCACGAGUGGGUAGCAGUUCCUACCGUCCGCCGCACAGGUAUCAGCAUAAUUACCAAAGCAGUGGGAAUUUCUCGUAUUCUGGUCAGCGGAGGUACAACUGGCCGCCUGAUCGAUCGAGGUAUAGGCAGCAAGCGAACGCGCAUUCCACUGAACUCGACCCACCAUGA